AUGUUUGUCCUCGCCGAAAUGAAAGAUACUGUGAGGGUAAAACCGUGGCAUUUUGGAGUCGAUCUACGUGAGGCUAUCGCUACUAAGUUGAACAAAAAGCUUGCAAACAAGGUGAGUGGAUGUAAAAAAUCAAAACGAGCAUGAAAGGUAACAGCGAAUGGCCAGCUAUCAACUGAUUGCAAGUUUGUUGGUUGUAGGUAGUCCAUAAUGUUGGUUUGUGCAUUGUACUACAUGACAUUACAUAUAUUGGUGACUCCUAUCUCUUUCCUGGCGAUGGAUCGUCACAUACUCCAGGUCAGUUUUUAAAUACAUACUACUCUAGCUCGGUAAACAAUUAGAGAAGGUUUUACUGACACACCAAAAAUAGUAUGCAUUUAGUGCCAUGGACUCUCGUAUGAACGGUCCGGUUUCAAGCCCUUGGCUUGGUGAUUUUUUUUUCCGAUCUUAGCAAAACACCUUCAGUCACGGUGCAUCUUUUCACUCAGGAGUAUUAUUGAUACCACAAGAAUGUCUGUGAAAGUAGGCAAGAUUCGGGUGAGUUACCUAACAUAGGUUAGCAAACUAUCCCAAACUAAGCGGUUACUCCUUACUGGUUCAUGUCGAAGAAACUAAAUAAUAAGCUAUGGCAACGUGGGUCUCUUUGUCCGUUUAAGAAAGAAACCACUAUGGCUAUUCAUUCAUAUUUUGCUGUUUUAGUUUAUUAUUUAUAUUGAUAUAAAAUUUAUGACGAGCAAGCUGAAAUUCUUAAAUGAGUUUUAAGCAUGGCAUUGUGAAUAUUACUAUUCUUGAUUAUUCUUGGUCUUCCUUCUCAGUUAAAUUUCGUUUUGUCGUGUUCCGUCCAUUCAUUGAUGAAGUGCUCACAGGAAGGAUCCGAAGUUGUAACCAUGAAGGAGUUCAAGGUGACGAAUUGUCAUUAUUAUUGUACACAGUUUGUGAGAGAUGGCUACAGCUGUAACCCUGUGAGCAGAGUUUUUCCAAGGAAAAUUUCAUAAACCAGAUUCUCAGUAUUGAUACAGUAAUAGCUAAUGGUUAGCAUAGACUUAAAGCAGUUCACCUAAUUGAAAGAUCAAGUUUCCAGCCUUGGCCCUGUCAUUUGAACGAGUCUUUGGGCAAGUCUCUUAAGUGUGAUGCCUCCCUCUUUGCUGAAGAACAAAUGGGUAUUGCCAAACUAUUAGUGACCCCUACCCCUCCCAGUGGAAACUGACGAUAUUUAAGAAGGAGGAGGAGACCUGUGAAGGACUCCCUCCAUUUUCAGGGAAGGGGGAGGGCAGUUUUACUCUCAUUCUUUUCAUCCCAGUAAAAACAAGAUUGGAUAUACUUUAGAGGAAUGGGCCUUUUGAUUCAUGUAAAGACAUGAUCCUUUUCCUGGUUCUCAAACACAAUUUUGAAAAGAAAAGUUUGAAAUUUAAAAUUGUCUCAUUUCUUUUUAAUAUUAACAGUGUCAAUGGAAUUCUUUGACGAUAUUACCAUCCCAUAUGAGUACCUUCAGCAGCCCUCAAAGUUGUAUCCUUUGGUUGUAAUUGUUAAAACUUAGUACUAAUUACUUUGCCCUGCAAGUAAUGGAUUCUCUUUCCGGUCUUUUUCUAAAUGCUUAGAAAAGGCACCACUUCACUUGGAUAACAAUUACAAAAUAUAUACAAAAAACAAUAAGGCAGCAUUCACAGCCAAGGAUAGCAUCAACCCUUUUCAAACUCUCAAAAUUUUAUUCACAACUCUCCCCUCUAGUGGCCUUAACCCUUUAACCCCAAGAGUGAUUGGAAUCUAAUUUCUCCUUACCAUAUCACCCUGAAUCAAACAUCAGGGUUAGGAGAAUAAAGGAGCUGAUCACCAACUAAAGAAGCUCUUGAUUGCCAGACAAAUUCUCCAUGUCAGCAUCUUAGGAAAUAUUCAGAGAACAGUAUGGAGAAUAUGCAUACUGAUGUUACAGUGUAAAGGGUUAAAUUUCCUUCAACUUAAGUUGUCAUUUAGUUCAAAGAAUUUAGUUUUGAAUUCAUUUUCAUAACACCCUGAUUUAUUCUCUUUGCAUCUCUACUGGAUAAUAUACUUAUAAGGAAGAGACAUGAUCAUUACUCCUUGGAAUUUUUGGUAUUCUUAAAUACCAUUUGUUUUUGGACAUAAAAUGUUGCGCAGUUAUCCAGAGAAGCUUCUUUUUGUUCUUUAUAAGUAUUAAACGCUUGAUUCCCUAACAAGCAACCAUCUCAGUGAUGAGGAUGAACAGCUGUGGGUGUGGGAAUAUACAACUGAUGACGGGGGACAUGACUUGUUCAUGGACAUCAAUGAAGAGAUCAGAUUUAGGGUGGUUGAUGAAAUGUUCACUGAUUUAAGUCCUGCAGGGCCUGAAAUGUCAGGUGAAAAAAAAGAAGAGAUAGAAAACAAGAGAUCUCCAUAUACAAUCACAGUAAGUUGCCCUAUCCCUAGGAAUUUUUGGCUGCUUUACAGGCACUCAGUAUAAUCAAGCAUAAGGGAUUUUGAUGGUAAUCUGCAGGGGAAAAGUCAUGUCCAGGAGAGCCAUGCACUCUCUAAUUACUAAAAUAAUUCAGAGGCUAAGAAGGUCAUCCUUUCUUUCACUUUCUUAAAAGUAACCUUUAUUUAUCAAUGGCUAAUGAUAGGAAUGAUAGGAGCAAGGGACAUGUUAUUUGUAAAACUUACGAGUACACCAUUUUGAGAUAAAAUUCUACAGCCAUUCAUUCUGACUUACAUUGAGAUAUAUUAAUCUUGACGUGGGAUUUUCUUUUUCAUAGGGAUCCAUAAGUGAGCCUGGGCUAGGCCUGAAGACAUGGUGGUCAAGUUGA